CCCUCCCCCUUGGCGGGAGCUCACAGGCCGCUCGGGUAGCGCGAGCCCCGGCGGCCUGUGAGCCCCGAACCGGCAUGGACCCUGAGCGCUGCACGCCUUUCGGCGUGGGGCCCGCACCCGGUCCCUACGGGCCCGCAGGAGACGAUUCUCCAGGUCCCCAGGGGACUCCAGCCGUGGCGCCUCACCUGCAGCCCGCGCCGCCCUGCGGCCCGCGGCUGACCCGCUUUCCGGCCUGCGGGCCCCUGGAGCCCUACCUCCCAGAGCCAGCCAAGCCGCCCGCCAAGUACCUGCAGGACCUCGGGCCCGGCCCGGCGCCCAACGGCGGCCACUUCUACGAGGGCCCAGCGGAAGCUGAGGAGACAGCUUCCAAAGCCGCCAGCUUCCCCCAGCUGCCCUUGGACUGCCAAGGGGGCCCCAGAGACGGGCCCGCUAACUUGCAAGGAUCCCCAGGCCCCUGCCUGGCCAGUCUUCGUGUCCCUAUUUCCCCGGGACUCCCUGACUCCAUGGAGUUAGCCAAGAACAAGAGCAAGAAGCGCCGUAACCGCACAACCUUCAGCACAUUCCAGCUGGAGGAGUUGGAGAAGGUCUUCCAGAAAACCCACUACCCUGAUGUGUACGCUCGGGAGCAGCUGGCUCUGCGCACAGACCUGACCGAGGCUCGGGUUCAGGUCUGGUUCCAGAAUCGCAGAGCCAAGUGGCGGAAGCGCGAGCGUUAUGGGAAGAUGCAGGAGGGGCGGAACCCCUUCACAGCUGCCUAUGACAUCUCUGUGCUGCCCCGCACUGACAGUCACCCCCAGCUGCAGAGCUCCCUGUGGCCCAGUCCAGGGCCCGGGAGCCCAGGAGGCCCUUGCCUCGUCUCUCCGGAGGGCAUUCCUUCCCCAUGCAUGUCCCCAUACUCCCACUCCCAUGGGAAUGUGGCUGGCUUCAUGGGGAUGCCAGCCUCCCCUGCAGCCCACCCUGGCAUCUACUCCAUCCACAGCUUUCCACCUGCCCUGGGGGGCCACAGCUUUGAGCCCUCUCCGGAUGGUGACUACAAGUCUCCAAGUCUCGUCUCACUCAGGGUGAAGCCCAAGGAGCCGCCCAGCCUGCUGAACUGGACCACGUGAUGGGUGGCAUUGACAUGUAACUGAGCUGCCCACCCCCAUUUAUGUUCUGAGCUGCUCUGGGCCCACCCUGCCUGGACACCAGAGAGCACACACRUCUGCCUCCAGGGGACUCGGGAGAGCAGCAGGGACCCUCAGCCCUGGCAGGAAACAUGCAAUAGGGUCUUUCCUUUAGGACUGUUUAGGAGAAAGGGGU